CCUUCCACCACAACCCCACCCCCUUCUUAAUAUGGCGGCCUCACCCACUCUAGUAUAUUAAUGCAAAAUCAAGGUUUGGUGUUCUGGACCUUUAAACAAGAAGUAGCCAUUAGCAGGCAGAAAUGCACAAAAGGAACCUCAGAGCCUGUUUAUUAUAUAUCACCAGAGCAUGGAUAUAGCACCAUUCUUCAUAAACAUCACACGACGCACUUCAUAUACUACUGCGGGUACUGUUCCAGGUACUAGUCCUUGUCGCUGUCUGGAGCGCACCAGGCUCACGGCCAUUGGAUAGGGUAAUGGGAGGUGCAAAUUUUAUCCAAUCGCUGUACAGGCUGAGCUGAGAGUAGGUAAUAACGCAGAUAGCUGGACGCAAUGUAAAGUAAUAAUAGUCUGCACCAUAUACAUUUCAAGCAGAAGCAGCUUACGAAGAUGGUACUUAUCAAUUAAAAGGCGCUUUUCCGACUACCCUGAUACUCUUGGACAUUGCUAUGUGGAUAUUAGCCGAAUGUAAGUUCUCCAGUACCUACUCUUGAAUUCUUACACUCUCCUUCCGAAACGCCUCGCGCGACUUCCUUUACCUGCGACACGCCCUCUCAUUCAUUACAGCAAUCAACCAGCUUCCUCUCACACAUCCGGGCGACGUUGCUCCUCCUAGUCCGCUGCUCGAGUGUUGGAGAAAACCGGUGUUUUGGCUGUGGAGAAGCGGUGACUGACUUAUUGUUUCGCUCGGACAACGGAGGUUGUCUGUAUUUGCUCUGCACGUGUGGGUAUUGCUUGAGUUCUAAUGGCUUGUCACGGGCAUUAAAGGAAAGAGCCACUAUGCAAUAAAGCCGGUGUGUAUCGCUAUGCAUAAAUAGUUCCGCCCAUAAUGACGCUGUCUUCAUAGAAACUAUUUUGACAGGCGAACAUACACGUGGUUUGACGUGAGCGCUGGGGUUAAAGGGUUAAUAAAUGUCCAUACUCUGAUGAUAAGUUAGUGAGAUGCGAAGGGAGGGCAAGUGUUUGUACUUUAUGGAGGGCAGAUAGUUCUAUAACCUGUGCCUUUGAUCUGGGUUCACAACUUGCACCCCACGAAUGCGCUUAAGAGAUUCAAAGAGAUUUGUCAGGAUGGAAUAGCCAGACACCUGUAACACUGAACAAUUAUGGCUGUAUGUGAUUAUUCUCUUUGAAACCAUCAAGAAACCAUCUGCUACUUUUAGGAAUCUAUCUUACCUGUCAAACCACUGUGUAACACUGGAGACACCUGGUGCCAAUUUGCAGCAUUGCGCAGCCCUGGUCCUGAGACAAUCAGGUCACAGCCAGUGAAGAGUUAAAGCUCGCAGGGAUCCUGGACCAGCUGGAGAGGCAGGAGGCAUCCUGGGGCAAUGGGGACACACAGGUGGAUGAUCUGGCAUUCCAGGAAUUACUGGACUUCUAUGGUUACGAAGCUUCGGAUCCUCUUUCUGACCAAGAGGGUGAAAUCAAAGGAUCUGAUUCUGAACUGCACCAGAGUAGCCAGGAAUCGGAACCAGUAGAUGAUGUGCCCCUUGAAGCUGAACAUAUGCCCCCCUCUUUGUCUCCUAUGGAUUCACUCAAAUUCUCAUCCUGGUCUCCUGGUACUCAUGAGGACUGGACUCUGGAACCAUCUAGGGUUGAAAAAGAGACAAUGCUCAGUUGUCAGGCCCAGCUUCCAAAUAUGCCUUAUAUUCCACCUGCUGAGAGAGAUUUUGAUGAAAAAGACCAGCUAUUAUGGGAUCCUGAUGUCCUCCCUGAACAAGAGGUGGAGGAAUAUCUGAUUCGUGUCUCUGAGCAUCAGCACAGAGCAGGCGGCACAUAUGUGUAUGAUGCAGAGCAUAUAAGGGAUAAUGAGCAGGCACUCUAUGAGUUGGUCAAGUGUGAAUUUAACUCAGAGGAAGCUCUUCGACGGUUGCAUUUUAAUGUGAAGGUUGUACAAGGUGGACUCAGUGCCUGGAGUGAGGAUGAGCGCAGAAAUUUUGAGCAAGGGUUCCGUGUUCACGGCAAGAAUUUCCACCUUAUUCAGGCUAACAAGGUUCGAACAAGAUCAGUAGGUGAGUGUGUUCAGUACUAUUACAUGUGGAAGAAGUCUGAACGAUAUGAGUUUUUUAGACAGUCUCGUCUGGGGAAGAGGAAGUUUGGGAACCCACCAUCUGUGGAGAAUGAAUUUGACCUACCAGAGGCAGCAUGUCCAACAAAGUUGCACAAAUCUGUAUUCAGAGGAGAACUUUUAGGACAAACAGCUGUUACACAAAGACAUUCUGUAAACUAUACUACCUGCAGCUGCAACAAAGACCAGUGUUCAUGUGAAAUGAGAAGACAAUCUGGUGUUAAUUCCAGUGACUAUCAAGAAACCCCUCCAAUCACUGGUGACCUCAUCAGCCUCAACUUUUCUCAGCAAACUUUACCCCUGUUGCCUGGUUUAAAGGCUCAGGAUCCACCAUUAUCAACUUUCUCUAUCGCAGAAAUAGCACUAUCUGACUUUCUCUCAACACCCUCUCUUCUUUGUACUGCCUCCCUUCCUCCCUAAUACGUGUUUUCUAUUCAGUUUUCUGGAGAAGUGAGAUAAAGACUCAAGUCACGGAUACUGGUCAUUCUCAGCAGGAACAAAGCGGUUUUAUUUUCCUAAUACAUUUCAUUAGAGAGCCUUCUCUCUCCCACAGGUGCCUGUUGCACUCCACUAUGAUCAAAUCCAAACUAUUUUCCUCAGGGUGAACUUUACUAGUAUUUAGCCACUGGGUGAGAAAACACUUGAAAAUUUGUUGUACAGUGACAAAUUAGUUUGUCACUGUUUAGCCAUUGUGUGCCAGAGUGUUUUGCUACAGAUCACAGUAAAUAGAUUUCUUUGGAGCAUUUAGGAAUUGUAGGUCUGAAUCACAAAUUAGGCUAUUCCCUGAGAUUUCAUCAUGUGGAGAAUGCCUAAAAACUUUUUGUAUGCUCUUUGCCAGCAAUAGAAUAGGAUGCAUUUAUUUUUGUGGUUGGUUAAAUUAUUUUCCAAAGUUUUGAUUAAAGUAUUUUAGACUUUUUCAGUGACAUUUUCUGAUGUAUUUUUGGGUAAAAUACUAGCCUGUAUUUCUAGGUUGUAUUGAUAUCAUUUGUUACUUCUAAACUUCUUUACUGCUGUGCAUUCAAGAGCACAAAUCUUUGUAUUUCUUUGUCUCUGUGUACAAGAGUUGGUUGCCAAAACAUAGGUCAUGUUUUAUAUAUAUUUAAAUUUUUACAUAAUUUUGAAAUUAAACAUUUGU